GAAUAAACUCCAUGGGCGAGGCAGUAAACGUUUAAAAGGACAAACGCGGAUCAAUAUCCGGCGUGACGCCUCUCUCAUUGCCUGUAAACCGGCCCCCUUUGGCAUGACUGCUGGCAGGUUCUCCCAGCGUCUUUCCCGUCGUGUCACAGUGGUGGAUUUAAGCGCGUUGUCUUCUGUCUCGUGGAAAUCAAACUAAUUCCAUAAUGUCGCUACCAUCUGUCGCCUCUUAUUGUUGCUGGAGAUAUUAUUUAUGACUGGUCCGCCCGUAAAUUUUAGGGCCUCUUUCACCCGCCGCAGAAUGACUUGAGCACUAAUGUCACCUCCCUCGUGAACUGUAAACACCCCCCUAAUGCGCGCAGGGCUUCUGUGUCGUCGCGCGCUGCCGUGGUUUUUCUUAAAUGCCUCUGCAAUGCAUUGCUCUGUAGGUGACACACAUCAUCUGAAUGCACGGAGGCAACCUGUGGUGAAACUUUCAAGUAACUCGUGUUGUUUGGUGCAUUUGGGGACAAGCGGUGCCCAAUGAAUGAGCGGCUGCUCUGACGAUGCUGCCGAGCGCUGCCGGUCGACACGCCCCCAGCAUGGAUACAACGAGCAGGAACAGGCGCUCAGGAGACACACGCACUAUGCUGGAGAUUGUUUGAAGCCGCGAUGGGAGUUAACGCGUCCAAGUUUCUAGAGUUCCUGUUAGCGGCGUCGUGGCACUAAACAAAGACUCUGGCUUUCUCUUUUCUCUCUCUCUCUCUCUCUUUCUGAGGGGGCUUGUCUGCAUAUUUGUCCGAGGCGUUUCUCGCACAGGAUGUUGAUGAUAUUGGAAAGCCGGGUAAGAUCAUAAAGUCAGUUCUCUCUGAUGAGAACGACCUCCUCCUCUUCAACACCACUACACAAAGGGAACCACGGAACGAGUACUUUUUAUUUUUUUUUCUGUCUCUCUCUCCACACGCCAUCCUUUUUCAUUUUUUGAAUGUCAUUAAGAAACAGGGGAGGCUGUUUCAAAGACAAAAUGGAUCACUUUGCUGCAGAGUGCCUUGUUUCAAUGUCCAGUCGUGCAAUUGUUCACGCUCCUAAAGGGAAUAGGGAGAUUAAACCAGAAAUCCCGUCCUCCUCCAAGAACGGAGAGGAAAUUAAAGAGCCCCUGGUGAAGGAUAACUCCUCUCUUUUUGUGGUGGCGCGGAUCCUGGCGGAUUUUAACCAGCAGACUCCCAACAGUGUUGCCGAGCAGGCAAAAUUAAAGGAUGAGAGCACGCCGAACCUCACAGAUGAUGGAAACUCUGCCACACCUACCACCAUCUCCGAUCCUGCGCUCAAACAAAGAGGCAAAAGAUCGAGAGGUCGAACUGAGCAAGAAUCACCUCAGAAAAAGCACAAAUGCCACUAUUCAGGUUGUGAAAAAGUUUAUGGCAAAUCAUCCCACCUCAAAGCCCACCUAAGGACACAUACAGGAGAGCGGCCUUUCCCAUGCACCUGGCCCGACUGCAGUAAGAAGUUCGCCCGCUCCGAUGAGCUGGCCCGCCACUACCGCACCCACACGGGGGAAAAGAAGUUUGGCUGCCCCCUUUGCGACAAGCGCUUCAUGCGCAGCGAUCACCUGAUGAAGCACGCCCGCCGCCACUCAGAUUUCCAGCCAGGCAUGCUGAAGAGGCCCCACGGAGGCAGCAACACACGUCCCAGCUCCCUCAGCGACUACAGCCGCUCAGAUGCCUCCAGCCCCACCCUCAGCCCCACCCUCAGUCCAGCCAACUCGCCUUAAACUGAAACCCGGUCGCACUUUUCUGCCUCCAGACUGCGAGGCCUGUGUUUUCAUCAUAACACUUUUGUUGCACAGUCGUCAGCAACCCACCACCCCUACCCUCCCCUCGCCCUCCCCCUUUUGCUAUUCCUGCGCUUGCUGUGGUGUACCAUACUGUACAUAACUGCUUAUUGUAGUGCAAUUACUCGUGUGAUCCUAAAAGAAGGUAAUGCCUUUCCCAGAUGGCAAUAUCUACAUUCUGUACCACAUGUCUGUAUUUUUUUUUUUUUUUAAUCUUCUGAUCGUGGCUAGUUGUUCGAUGUAUGUUCAAAGUCAGCUAAACGAGAAGAAAAAAAACAGACGGGCACACCCUGACAAGUCUUAUCAAAGUGUUUUUUUUUUUUUGGUUUUGUUUUUGUUUCUUACUUCUUUGAACGGGUUAGGAGAAGGGGUACUCACACACACACACCUCAGGAUUGAAGACAGUUGCUAUUUCUGUAAUACCACAGUACUGACUAGUACUCACAUUGACUGCACAAAAUACUCAUCACUUUACUCUGAAAUUCAACAGGGGUUGAAUUUUACGCCCUGCUCAGGGAUGGCCUUGUUAGCUUGAAAGAAUGAACACAGGAGAAGAGAAACAUACAGUACAUAUAUAGCAGCCUUACACUCAACACAGUUUGCACUCUUUGGUUUUAUUUUUUGUUGUUUUUUUUUUUUGUUCGCUUUCACAUUUUAGGACAACCAGCCCUACAGCCGUACAAAAAAAAAAAGUCCUGUUCUCCCGUAGGAUCAGGGAAUUCAUACUAAUAUAUUUACUGUGUAUAUUAAGAAAACAAUCAGCGAAACUCCCAGCUCUGAAAACAACAUUCAUCUGUUCAUUUACUGCAAUGUUAAUAUUCAUUCAUUGACAUUACACUGGGUUAAAUAUGUGCUGCAUUAAAUCUUUGUGUGCAGUCUAAACUGUGUGAAUCUGCACUGUGGGAGGAUCAGGAUUAUUAUAUUGGGUCAAACAGGUUUUUUUUUUUGCUUUUUUUUUAUAAACCUAAAGCUGGAGAAACUUUAAACCGAGACAGUAAAGUUUCAAAGCAGCUGUUCACGCUUAAAGAAAUGCUGCCUCGUCAGCUUGUAUUUCCCACAACACGGACACAAAGGGACGUAAGUUGAACCAAGGUUUAGCCACCUCUCGCAUAGCACAUAGGAAAAAUGACCAAAGACAAGAGUGAAUGAAAGCUUUCUAUUCGGCCCUGUAAGCAGCCCUUCACCGAGCCCUGGGGCUGGUGGUUGGCAGUAUCGCAGGUAGAGCCAGACGCCGGCUCACUUCCCUCCUCUUGGCUCUGCCUUUUGUGGCUUCCCUGGAGGAAACAGCUGCACCCAAAAGAAGCUAUUCACAGCCUGCAGGAGUAGCGCGAACAUGCCAUUCCCCAGGGAGUUCUUCCUCAUCUGGCUCUACCUGUCCUGUCAGAGAGCGGCGAAACUCCGUGUCUGGCAAAAUUGCGUAAGAUGCCUAACUUUGUGUGUGUGUGUGUGUGUGUGCGCGUGUAGGAGGAGGCGGGGGGGUCAAAUGUAGGCCAGCGUGCUAGAGCUGGGUCGGGCUGGGGGUUGUACAGCACAGAGUGAACAAAGCAGCUAUCUACAAUGAGCAGGCAAGAGAAGGCAGGUCCCGAUAAAAGAGGAGAGGUUUAUCAUGAGCCGAGCAGCACAAAGGAGGAGACACCCAGUCGCAGACGCCCCCAUUUCCUCCUCCCUCCCCAGCUCCCUCCUCCUUCCAACUGUAGAAACAGCGAGCAGUAAAAUGGCUAUAAUUAGUGGCUUGAUCUAAACUGUAGGAUAAGAGUCAAAGAACAACAGUUGUAUGCGGUCAGCUCUAGCAGCGUGGGGGCGACGUACACCCAACUCCAUCCGAAGCACAGGCACAAAUCCUCUGGGGAGAGCUAGAUUUUGCAACGCCAGCGAAUCCAAAUUCACGUCGACGAUCCUGACCUCUCAAACAGCUGCUUUCAAACUUCUUUCUCGCAAAAGACGGGUGGGUGGGUGGGUGGGUUUUUGGGGGUCUUUUAAACCGUUGUAAAAACAUCCACAGCCAAAAUCAACAUAUCAACAAAGCGCAGUGCUCACCAGCCUCAGUCGUCCUGCCUAUGAAGCUCAGAUGUCCCGUGAGAAAGCUGACUUGUGUUUCUAGACAGACAUGCCUCAAUAAGUCGGGCAAAAGGCACAGUAAACCUUCCAUGGAAACGGGCACCGCUAUCAAAACUGCAGCAGCCCUGCUGGUCUGUGUUAUUAUGCCUACAUUUUCUUUCAAUGCUUUCAGCGCCACAGCUGGAAUACAGUGUCACCCACGUCCCAGCUCGGCCAUGUCAUCGCAAAUCGCAAGCGUUAGCCUCAUCCACUCUUGCCCUGCAGUCCCGCGCUUGACACUAUGUGCAUGUUAACUUCGCCCUGAAAGGCGUAAAUCGUUUUUGAGGCGGCCCGGCAGGUGUAAGUCCAUGAAUGGCAGGCCUUGUGCCCCCCGUUCUCCGCAGCCACCAUCUCUCUUUAAAGUUGUGAUGAAUCAGCUCUGUCACAUUCUCCAGAAAGAAACCAUCCCUUAUUUCGCUCGAAUGCAGUAGUUUCCUCAGAAGACCACAUGUUAAAAAAAAAAAAAAAAACGAAAAAGAAAAAAAAUAGUUUCAGUAAUUGUGCAAGAUGACACUUUGAAUGCCACUGAUCAGCAGCUCUCGGUUACUGAAGAACUGAGUUUUACAUUCACCAUUUCUAAGUAAAAAAAUAAUAAUUCUUCAAAAUGCUGUUGAACAGCUUUUAUUUUCUACCCAUGACUUUUUUUGUUACCGUCAAAGUUUUGACGAAAAAAGGAAAAAGGAAAAAAGUAAAAAAAAAUCUGAGUAGCUCACCCUCAAGCAGGUUUCAUGAAUCAGUUCCUAAUCCAUAAUCUGCACAUUUUCCUCAGGGUCGUCAUCUGCCAAGCAGAUAUGGGACAUUUUGUGGAUUUUAUUUUGUAUCCUCCCCCCCCACCCCCGCGCGGUGUUCCUGGGUGCUAAGUGUUCACUGCUGGUCAGUGUCCUCCAACACUGGAAACACAGGAAUGCCUCUGUACAGGCCCAAGUCCUGCCUGUUACGUCUUCAUAGCAACCUACAGUUGAGCACUCUGGAGCUGGUUUUAAUGUAAUGCCCCUUUAAAAAAAAAAAAAACAACAACAAAAAACUGCACUUACAGAAGGCAACAGGAAGCUCCUACAACCUGAAAACAAAGCGACUGUGGUUGUGCAAACAGCCCAGUCCGUCCAUCCAUCCAUCCAGACUGCACCAGUGACAAACUGUAGGCGCCCACAGGCAGGCAGAGUGUCUCAAAAACUUUUAUUCUCACUGUACCAAAUGUACUUGAAUAAUCCAACACAAAAGGCCAUUGAACACACUUUUGUACAUGUCCAUUUUUACUGUACUUGCUUUUGUUGUCAAAAAAAAUCGCGAACCUCUCUGACAAAAGGUGUAUAGUCUACUCUUGUUCAUUUUCUUUUUCUUCUUCUAGACGUUUCAUUGUCUUCAGGUCAUUUCAGCAACUCUUCUGAACUUAUCUCAUUACAAAGGUUGUUUUCUUUGAGCGCCGCUUUUUUUUUCAUUUCUUUUUAUUAAAAGCAGCAUUUUAGCUCCAUUAACGGGCUUUCACACCUUUAAUCAGGAACACUUAAUACUCUGUUGAUGUCAGGAUGCAGGUUUUUCCAGUUAGCCUGUCAUCCAAAAAGUGAGAAAAUGAAAGUUUUGGGGGGUUGUUUAGGGCGAUGAUAAGUAAGGAAACUUCCUGACCUCUAUGUAUGUCAACUUCACGUUGAGUUUCUUUGUUAUUUAGAUUCAUUUUAAAACUUUUCCAUAAGAAUAGAGACCACAGCAUUGUGAGUUAGCAAUGUAGUCAUACUUUUUUUUUUAAUUAUUGCUUUGAUUUUGUCUCAUAUGAAAUGUCUAAGGUUGUAUAUUUUUCAAAAAUCAUACCUCUUGAAAUAUUGUACUUUUGUCGUACCUUCAUAUCUUUUCAAAGCAUCCAUCAUGUAGCUUACGUUCGCUUGAUGAGCAGCACAAACAUUUGGGCGGUUUUAUUUGUCCGUACUUGAAUGAAGAUGUAAAGGAAAGAGAGACUUUUUUUUUCUGUAAAAAAAAAAAACUUAAACACUGGGCUACGUUUUAUAAUAAUCAUCCCAUAUUUCCAUGUAGAUUUGAAUCCUAAUCUUUCCAGGAAAUAGAAAACCUUUAUUUUGAAUUGUUUUAGGUUGUUCUGAGACAUUAACACGCAUUUCCUACAUUAACUUGGUCUCAAAGUGUAUACGUGAGGGAACUUUUCAAACUUUCAAACUGUAAUCCAAGUAAGAUUACACGUUUCCUGUCAGACGAAAAAAAAAAAAUGGAAAUGCAAGAUACUAACAGUGUACCAGUUAAUAUUUUCCUCUAAUUGUAUAAAAAAAAUCUCUAUAUAUGAAAGUGAAUUCAUUGUUGCCUAGUAUGUGAACACCUAACACUUUAAUUUAAUUUUAAACUCAUUAAUAUCUCACUGGUCAGAAAGUCUCAAUAGAAGUCUUCAUCGCUGAUCUCAAGCAUGACCGAUGCAAUUGUGUGCCAAACUGGUAACUUCAUAAAGAGGAUACAGAUGUUAAGGGUUUUAAAAAAUAGAAAGCCCCAGCUACUAUCAGACAUUAAACAAAUGUGUACAGUUUUAUAAAGUGUGACAUGUCUUGUUAUCUUAUGUUCUGUAUAGGAUUUAAUGAAGCAACUCUGCAUACUCGAUAUGCAAGCGCUCUUAAGUUAAACGUUUCUUUUCUGCUUUACGAUUGUGUAGCUUUGUUUUCGUUUGGUUCUUAUUUAAUUUUUAUUUUGCUGUUCAGUACUCAAGCAGUGUAUAAUGGCUUAUUGCAGGUAUAUAUAUAUAUAUUUUUUUGACAUAAACAGUCUUAAUGAUAAUAGACGCCCAAUCAUUCCAAAGGACUGAAAUUUGCAUUUGCUAUAAAUGUGCUGCUUAAAUCGACCCAGUGCGUUUCUGUAGGUUAUGAAUAUGAGUCUGUCUCGACUGUGAGCUUUUACACGUUGUGAGUUGUGCACAAGGUACGUUUCUCAUUGUCCCCGGUUCUUUACGCUCUUUGUGUGACCCCGUCUGAAUGAGCGCCUACGAUGUGUAAAAAACAAAACAAAAAAAAAAGUUAAGGAUGUACAGAGCAUGUCUUCCCUCGUCACGAAAGGCCCGAGGCUUUUUAAGGAAAGGGGUCGUUUUUAAGAGGCAGCCAUAAAAGUAUAGAGUCUUGAUUGUUGUAACCAAAGGCUUUGAAGGGAAAAAAAGAUGAAUGUUGCGGUAAUUUUGAACCCCGGUGGGUUCAGUCUUACAUGCUGUAAGCGUUGAUCGAUGGAUGUUGUGCUUGAUAUGGACCUUUUUUCUACAUUUCAAGUGAGCGAGCUUAUUAUUUUUUUACUUUCAAAACGACACAAAACAAAACUUGAAUGGACGACACCCAUUUAACAGCAGCAAAAGACAAAGAGAGGAGAGGAAAGUGCGAGCGUGGUAUCCCUCCGUGUCCUCUUGCCUGAGCGGACAUGGCGUGAUAUUUGCUUCUCACCGUAGAAACGUUUCUUUUGCUUUGUCUUUUAAUCUUGCAUUGGAUAUUUUUGCCCUCGGAAGAUUAAUGUGUUCCAGGUCAUGCAGUAAACAAUACAAUGCUGUCAGUGACCUAAGAAAGAGAGAGAGCCUCUUAGCAGCCUUUUUGGUUCUGCUUCCUGUACAUGUUUGUCCUCAGCGUACCUCCUCGGUGUAAUGUCGCUCUCUUGAUACCUCUGUGUGUUGCUCCUCUGCCCCCUCACCAUCAGUUGCCUGUUGUAGUGACUCCAUGGUGCUGCUUCCCCUCUAAGCACCACUUAUAAUCUAUUCUGUAAAUAACUCUCGACUCAGCUACGGCCAGUACAUACUCCUAUGACCUCAGUCUAACCUUCAGGUGUCAUUUUGUUUUCGUUUCCUCCUUCAGCAAACCAAAAUCACUACAUUUGAGUAUUACAGUUGUACAGUUCCUCGGAUUCUACACACAGUCAAUGUGCUGGUCUUAGCUGCUCUGCUGUACCUUUUUAUGGCAUUAUUUUUUACAUGUUAGACGAUAUAUUGUGACCAUGUCCUAUGCAAAUAUGAAAAAUAACAGAUUGUUGGAUAAUGUAUGUUGUCAUAACUUGUAUGCAUGAAAUAGUGAAGUUUACAUUUGGAAAUAAAUUCAUAAAAUAAGCAGCCACAA